UCCUCUCCUUCCUCCUCCACAGCCCUGCUCGGCCCCCAUGCCUUUUGUGUGUGUAUGUGUGCGCGCCGUGAAGACUGACUGCGUACCCGAAAAAACCAGUGUGACGGAUGCCUCGCGUAAAAUAUAUAUAUAUAUUUUAAAUGUUUUUCUGGAAUUCCAAAUAUAUCCGUGGUGUGUGCUCAGUGGGAAAUAGGAAAACCUGCAGGUGCAAGUGAAGGGGAGGAACCCGGUGGACGCACGUGAAUCUCUCACUUCUAUCCAGAGCCAGGAAAUAAGACAGGAGAGGAACGCAAGUGCCGUAAAUUGGACUUUUCCAUCAUCAGCAGCAGCAGCAGCAGCAGCAGCCCUCCUCUCUCUCUCCUCUCUCUCUCCUCUCUCGCCAUCCCUGCUCCUGCUCUGUAGGUCUCCCCACUUACUCUCACCCAACCUCAUUCUCCCAGUCUCCUUCAGUGAUCCCAGAAUAGCCUCACACCGGAGCGCUCAUCUCAAAAGAAAGAAAGAAAAGAAAGAAACACAAAAAAAAGAAUAGUGGGGGGUUUGGAUUUUCGGGGUGACUUCGGAGACGCCGGAGAUGGAUUAAAGGGACUGUGCACCGCAAAACUGGAGCAGCACGCACGACCACGCCGGGGGGGAAGGGGGAGACGGGACUCGGUGAAUUCACGGAGCCCGCGGGACAGAGGAUGUGACUGGUCCCACCCCAAGAUGACAUCCCCCAAAAACAAAGCCAAGAAGAAGCCGCCCAAAGACAGCAUGACGCUGCUGCCGUGCUUUUAUUUUGUAGAGCUCCCCAUCGUCCUGUCCUCCUUGGUGUCCCUGUACUUCCUGGAGUUGACGGAUGUGUUGUCCCCUGCGAUGGUUGGCUUCCGUUGCCAUGACCGCGACCUCUCCAUGCCCUACGUGGAGACGGGCGACGAGCUUAUCCCUCUAUUGAUGCUGCUGAGCUUGGCCUUCGCCGGUCCUGCAGCGUCCAUUAUGAUGGGGGAGGGCCUCAUGUACUGUAUGCAAUCCAAACUGAAGACGUGUCCCAAGUCGGAGAGCAGCAUCAACGCUGGAGGCUGCAGCUUCAACUCCUUCCUACGCAGAACCGUGCGCUUCGUGGGUGUUCAUGUGUUCGGUCUCUUGGCAACAGCCCUGGUGACAGAUGUCAUCCAGUUAGCUACUGGUUACCACGCCCCGUUCUUCCUCACCGUCUGCCAGCCCAAUUAUACGGCCCCGGGAGUGUCAUGUGACAAUAAUGCCUACAUCACACGGGACAUCUGCAUGGGGAAGGACCAAUAUGCAAUUAUGUCAGCUAGGAAAACAUUUCCAUCCCAGCAUGCAACGCUCUCUGGCUUCGCUGCCGUCUAUAUCUCCAUGUAUUUCAAUGCCAGCAUCAGCAGCACGACCAAGCUGCUGAAGCCGUUGCUGGUUUUCGCUUUCUGCAUGGCGGCGGGCCUCGCCGGGCUGACACAGAUAACGCAGCACCGCAGCCACCCAAUAGACGUCUACGUAGGAUACCUCAUAGGUGCCGGCAUCGGAGUCUACCUGGCUGUGUACGCAGUGGGGAACUUCAAAGCGUCAGAAGAAGACGCUCACUCUUUACAGAGACUGACCCCAGCUCAGCAGAAGGAUGGCCUGAGGGUGCUGAGUCAGCGGAGUCAUGACUCCCUGUACAGGAAGACUCCCAGGGUGUCUGAGAGCAGAGAGGAGCUGGGAGCUGGGCUGGGGCCGGGGGCCCGCAGUAAAGUGAGGAGGGAGAAGGCAUCCCUGGCCUCCCUAAAACGAGCAAGUGCUGAUGUGGAGCUUCUGGCAACCCGGGGUCCCAUGGGCAAGGAAACCAUGGUAACCUUCAGCAACACCUUGCCUCGAGUCGCAAACGGCAACAGCCCAAUCUCCCCCUCCGACGAGCCGGCUACCACGCAACGUCACAUGACCUUCCACGUGCCCUUUGACCCCCAGAGGUCUCGACAGCUGGUGUCGGAGUGGAAGCAGCGCUCGAUGGAAGUCCGCAGCCAGAGCUCACGAGAUGAGGAGGAGGGGGGAGUGGACGGGAGAGACGGAGAUGAAGGACGAGCGGGAGAAGGUGGAGGACUGGAGAUGCCUUCAUCUCUUUAUCCUACGGUGCAAGCCAACAAGGGCAUCGCCACGCCGACUGGAGCCAGGAUGGUGGUGGCGCCCCCGCUCGUUCACAUCCCCGAGGAGGCCUCUCGGCCACCGCCUGUCUCCCCGAAGAGUGCCAAGACUCGAGCCAAGUGGCUGUCACUCACAGAAGGAGAAAGGGUGAAAGAGCCGGGAACAGGUCCCAUCGCCGUGUCGACUCCCCGCGUGCCGAACACGCAGCCCAGCCAGCAGAGAGUCACUCAGGUGAUAGCCAUGUCCAAGCAGCAGGGCCACGUCACUUCGUCCACUAAGACAUCAGAAGGUGGCUCAUCUUCCGGCGGUGGGUCCAACUGCUCCGAGUCUCCCUAUUAUCGGAUCCCAUCUGAUCGAGACAGCUGCACCGGGAGCAACCCAGGGAGCAUCGCCGGGAGUGGGAGCAUCGUCACGAUCGACGCUCAUGCUCCUCACCACCCGGUGGUUCGUGUGUCGGCCAAUAACGGCAAGCCGUGGGAGUGGAGGAACACCAUCAGUGGUAACAUGAUGACAGCAGACGCGGACAAACACCGAGCAGCGCUGCAGCGACAAGACAAUGUCAGUCACUACCGGGAUUACCGGACGCUCCCAGUGAAAACGGACUCGCUCGGCUCCUCCUCGGCCAGCGGCAGCGCCGACGGAGGAGCGGAUCUGCCUCCCCCACCUCUCCCCAACUCCUCCUCCCCUCUGCCUCCCCCUCCCCAGCUGUUGUCAUCCCCUCUGCCCCCACCGCCUCCUCACUCGUCCUCUUCCCCCUUGCCUCCCCCUCCACACCCGAGCUCCUCUCCACUGCCUCCUCCUCUGCCUCACCCCGCCUCCUCUCACAUGCCCCCACCGCCUCACCUGUCCUCUCAAAUGUCCCCGCCGCCGCCCCUCCCGUCGUCCUCUCCGCUGCCCCCCCCCCCCUCACCCGUCCUCCUGUCAUAUGCCCCCGCCUCCUCACCCGUCCUCCUGUCAGAUGCCCCCGCCUCCGCACCCGUCCUCCUCCCCUCUGCCGCCUCGCCACUCGUCCCCCAUGCCUCCACCUCCUCACCCGUCCUGCUCGAGCAUGCUUCCCCCUCCUCCCCAUCCCGACUUACUGAUGGACGCUCACAGUCAGGCACUUUCCCGCUCCUCCACCCUGCCCCGCCGUCCCUCUGUCUCCGCCCGAAGCCACGCUGAACAGGAGCACUACUACAAGGCCAUGCAGAACGAGAGGAUGUUAUAGUAAAGACAACAGACGUCGUCGUUGUUAUGCAAUGAUGCAUACUUCAGAAGGCUCAGCUGAAAGAGACUAGGUUGUCGCAGGUGAUAUAGUGAUUUAUG